CUCCGCGUCAUAGGCCGCUCCUUCUCAGGCUAUAAAGGCGCUCCUGCCUCCCAGAGUCGACAUUCAAACUUUCAGUAGCACAACGACUACAGGAGCAAACACAUUCGGAACGAAAUUCGAGAGUUUCACCUAAACUUCCGAAAGGAUUUUCUCAGCUUUUCAUUUGUCUGGAUCUUCCUACGUUUUUUGUGAGGGAAAGAUGUUUACCAGUUUCAACACGGAGUGCGGCGACUCGUCUCGCUGCAGCACCGCUUCUCCGUCCGGGGACAACCUGGGAUACUACCCGUCCCCGGCGGGAUCCUACUCCAGCAUGGGAUCUCCCCAGUCUCAGGAUUUCACCGACCUGACAGCAUCAAGUGCCUCCUUCAUCCCAACCGUCACAGCCAUCUCGACCAUCCCGGAUCUGCAGUGGAUGGUCAAUCCUUUGAUUUCCUCAGUGGCCCCUUCUCACCGAGCUCCCCCCUAUAGCCCCAGCCCUGCUUACUCCAGACCAGGCAUGAGGUCUGCUUCCAGGGGGCAUAACUCCACCAAGAGGUCCAGAAUGGAACAGGUGACACCUGAGGAGGAAGAGAAGAAAAAAAUUCGCAGGGAGAGAAACAAGCAGGCAGCGGCGAAAUGCCGCAACAGGAGGAGAGAGCUUACAGACACUCUGCAAGCUGAAACCGACGAGCUAGAAGACGAGAAGUCCCUCCUGCAGAACGAUAUUGCUAAUCUCCUGAAGGAGAAGGAAAGGCUUGAGUUCAUUCUUGCUGCCCAUCAACCCAUCUGCAAAAUCCCCUCAGAGCUAGAGACCGACUUCUCGGUGGUGUCCAUUUCUGCUGCCCACCCCAUCCUCUCCACCACUGUGUCCUCCAGGCCACAGAACACCAUCCCCAAGGCAACGACGAUCACUUCCAGCCAGCCAACCUUCAUCUCCACCUCCAACUCAAUCUUUUCUGGCAACGGCGGCAGCAGCAGCAGCAGCAGCUCCGUCCUCUCCACCGCCGCCUUCUCCAGCAGCUCGGUCAAGAUGAUGGACCUGGACUCCUCCGUCCUGGAGGAGUCUCUGGAUCUGCUGGCCAAGACGGAGAUGGAGACGGCGCGGUCAGUGCCAGAGGUGGACCUGUCCAACUCCAUCUACACGACGACUCCAGACUGGGAGCCCCUUCACGCCGCAGCCAGUAGCAGUGACUUUGACUCCCUGUGCACGCCCGUGGUGACCUGCACACCAGCCGGCACCACCUACACAUCUUCAUUUAUGUUUACCUUCCCGGAGGCAGAGACUUGUGGCAUCGCCUACAGGACAGGAAGCAGCAGCAACGACCAGUCCUCCGACUCCCUCAGCUCUCCAACCCUGCUGGCCCUUUAAAGUCUCUUCCAACAACAAUACUACUUCCUAUCAGGCGCAUUUUCUUUGUUGUUGAGAUAAAUGUGCAGAUCACCCGCAGGGCUUUAGAAUGGACUUUUACCAGGAAGCAAAUUAUUUAUUAUUUUAUUUGCCUUUAUUGAUACUUAUUACUACAUUAUUACACACAAUGUAGCAAGUUUAAAAGCAUGUUUCCACUGAUACCACUUAGUCGUUUAUUGAGGUCAUAUAUGAUUUAAUGGUGCUAGAUAACAAAACUUGUUGUAGUGUUGAUGUGUUCCGAGCAAUAGCUUUUAUUGAUCCAGUUUUGUUUUCUGGCUAAUGGAUUGUGAAAAAAAACCCUUAAAACUGACUUGUUUUGUCUUAACCAUGAUGGUCUUUGACGUUUUCUGUGAAAACAUUAGUGAUUUUAAUUUAUAAAAUUUCAAUUUAUUUUUUUACAGAGUCUGUUAGUACAAAAUGUAAAUUAAAAAUUAAACUGUUAUUUAAAUGAA